AUGGCCCCACAGAGAGCUCUGCAGCUGUCCCUGAAGAAGCCCACCUAUGCCGUAUGUGUGGUGGGAAUCGACAUGUACGUGGAUGUUCACAGUGAUGUGCCCAAGGGCGCUGAGACCUUUGGGGUCUCUGGGAGCUCCGGGGUGGAGGUCUCCAUGGUCUACGACCCAGCACAGGUGACGGAGCCCACAGGCAAGGCCCGCUGGCCCCUGAAUGCCGGCGUGGACGUGAUCAUAUCCGUGGACGCAGCCAGUAAGGCUUUAAAUGAUCUCAAGGUGAAGGUCUCCUACUUCGGACGGCAGGAGGGUGGUGUCCUGGGCCACAGCAUGCUCUACCUCACUGGCGCUGACAUCUCCCUCGACGUCGACACUGGCCGCACGGGCAAGGUGAAGAGGGGCCAAGGUGACAAGAAAACCUGGCGCUGGGGUCCUGAGGGCUAUGGGGCUGUCCUGCUGGUGAACUGUGAUCGGGAUAGUCUCAGGUCCACGGAGAUUGAUCUCUCCAGCACCCAGCUGACAUCACUGGAUGACCUGCAGGACAUGUCCCCAAUGGUGCUGAGCUGCGACGGCCCUGACGAGCUCUUUGACAGCCACAAGCUGGUCUUGAAUGUGCCAUUUUCUGAUUCCAGGAGAGUGGGGGUUUUCUGCACUAGGGGUGGGAAUUCCCUCUCGAAUUACAAGCAGGUGCUGGGGCCCCAGCAUCUGUCCUAUGAAGUGGAGCGGCCGCCAGGGGAGCGGAAGAUCAGCUUCUAUGUGGAGGGGCUCGCCUUUCCUGAUGCUGAUUUCUCAGGGCUGGUCUCGCUCAGUGUCAGCUUGGUGGACACCAAGGUAUGUCCCGAAGUGCCCCUCUUCACAGACACAGUGGCCUUCCGCAUGGCCCCCUGGAUCAUGACCCCCAACACCCAGCCCCCCCUGGAGCUGUAUGUGUGCAGUGUCGUAGACUCUCAUGGCUCAAAUGAGAAGUUUCUGAAAGACAUGUCUGAUCUGGUGUUGAAAGCCAACUGCAAGAUGAUCGUCUGCCCUCAGAUUGAGAAUCGAAAUGACCGCUGGAUCCAGGACGAGAUGGAGUUUGGCUACAUUGAAGCCCCUCACAAAUCCUUCCCAGUGGUCUUUGACUCCCCCCGAAACAGAGGCCUGAAGGAUUUCCCUUAUAAGAGGAUCCUGGGUCCUGACUUUGGAUAUGUAGCCCGGGAAAUCCAGUUGUCUGGUGAUGCCUCCAGCCUUGACUCCUUUGGCAACCUGGAUGUCAGCCCGCCGGUCCGGGUGGAGGGCAAGGAGUACCCCCUGGGUCGAAUCCUCGUCGGCAGCAGCUUUCCCAAGUCCGGUGGGCGGCGAAUGGCCAAGGUGGUGCGCGACUUCCUGCAGGCCCAGCAAGUGCAGGCUCCCGUGGAGCUCUACUCCGACUGGCUCUCUGUGGGCCACGUGGAUGAGUUCCUGAGUUUUGUGCCCACCUCCGACCAAAAGGGCUUCCGGCUGCUCCUGGCCAGCCCCAGCGCUUGCCUCAAACUGUUCCAAGAGAAGAAGGAGGAGGGCUACGGGGAGGCAGUCCAGUUUGAUGGGUUAAAGCACCAGGUGAAGAGAAGCAUUAAUGAGAUGCUGGCAGACAGACGUCUCUGGAAUGAUAACCUCUAUGCACAGAGAUGCAUCGACUGGAACCGGGAGGUGAUGAAGCGGGAGCUGGGCCUGACCGAGCGGGACAUCGUGGACAUCCCCCAGCUCUUCUUCCUGAGCAGCUCAUAUGCAGAAGCCUUCUUCCCCGACAUGGUGAACAUGGUGGUCUUAGGCAAGUACCUGGGCAUCCCCAAACCCUUCGGGCCCAUCAUCAACGGCCGCUGCUGCCUGGAGGAGAAGGUGCGGUCCCUGCUGGAGCCGCUGGGCCUCCGCUGUAUCUUCAUCGAUGACUAUUUGUCCUACCACAAGCUGCUUGGGGAGAUCCACUGUGGCACCAACGUGCGCCGGAAGCCCUUUCCCUUCAAGUGGUGGCACAUGGUGCCCUGA